UUGCUUAGCUGCGCGCGCGGAGAAGUUCUGGGCAAAGUACUGGGAACCCGAGCUGCGAUCGCAGCGUCUGCGAUUCGAGCGGGACAGGGGGUGGCGAGCGCCAGGCUGCCCGUGCGUGGCGCGGCCGGGCGGCUGGCGGCGAGUCGCGGUCCGCGCCCCUGUCUCCUGAGGCUGUUGCUGUAGCUGCGCGUUGCGGGGGGACCGGAGAAGCCAGGUUUGCCUCCUGCGUGUGUGGGCGAACCCUGGAGUCGGGCACCGGGGAACUAGGCGGCGUCCCCUGGGGCAGAGCGCGCAGGGAUUUCCUCUGGGUCAUCCAAAAUGCUUUUAAAACAUAUUGGAUAAAAACUGGGCCACCUGCCUGUGUGGGACAUCCAUACUCUCUGCUCGGCUGUCUUCUGAUGGCAUUUUGAUCACAUCGAGGCCAAGUCACCCACUGCCCAUGAUGACUGAUGAGAAGAACCUUGGAGUGUCCCAAAAAUUGGUCUCACCUUCCAGGAGCACAAGUAGCUGCUCUUCCAAGCAGGGAAGUCGACAGGACAGCUGGGAAGUGGUGGAAGGAUUGAGGGGAGAAAUGACCUUCACCCAGGAGCCACCAGUUCAGAAAGGAUUUUUGCUGAAAAAGCGGAAAUGGCCCUUAAAAGGCUGGCACAAGAGAUUCUUCUAUCUGGACAAAGGAAUCUUGAAAUAUGCCAAGAGCCACACCGACAUAGAGCGAGAGAAGCUGCACGGCUGCAUUGAUGUGGGGCUCUCGGUGAUGUCUGUGAAGAAGUCGUCAAAGUGCAUAGAUCUGGACACUGAGGAGCACAUUUACCAUCUGAAGGUGAAGUCGGAAGAAGUCUUCGAUGAGUGGGUGUCCAGACUCCGCCACCACAGGCUGUACCGUCAGAAUGAAAUCGCCAUGUUUCCGCAUGAAGCGAAUCACCUCUUUCCAGCAUCUGCCGCCCCCGAUGCUGCAUCUGGGGUCUUGGACUCCGUCUCAAGUAGGAAGCGCAGCAUAUCCAAGCAGAAUUCGUUUCAAACCGGAAGCAAUGUAUCUUUUUCUUGCGGUGGGGAGACUCGCGUUCCGUCGUGGUUACAGUCUUCAGAGGACAUGGAAAAGUGCUCCAAAGACCUGGCACACUGUCAUGCCUACCUGGUGGAGAUGAGCCAGCUCCUGCAAAGCAUGGACGUCCUGCACCGGACGUAUUCUGCGCCAGCUAUCAAUGCCAUCCAGGGUGGAGCUUUUGAAAGUCCCAAAAAAGAAAAAAGAUCACACAGGAGGUGGCGGUCCAGAGCUAUUGGCAAAGAUGCUAAAGGAACGCUUCAGGUCCCUAAGCCUUUUCCUGGCCCGAUAAGACUACAUUCCUCCAACCCUAAUUUGUCAACACUAGAUUUUGGAGAAGAGAAGAAUUAUUCGGAUGGCUCUGAAACCUCAUCAGAGUUUUCUAAAAUGCAGGAAGAUCUGUGUCAUAUUGCCCAUAAAGUGUACUUCACUUUAAGGUCGGCUUUUAAUACCAUAUCAUCGGAGAGAGAGAGACUGAAGCAGCUGAUGGAGCAGGAUGUCUCCGCCUCCCCCUCUGCCCAGGUCCUUGGGCUGAAGCACGCUCUGUCAUCCGCCCUAGCACAAAACACAGACCUUAAAGAACGCUUAUGCAGAAUCCAUGCUGAGUCUCUGCUCCUCGAGCCCCCUGCUGCUGCCAAGUCGGGUGACGGUCUGGCAGAGGAAAACUCCAGAGAAGACAGUCGAGCUCUGGUCCAUCAGCUUUCCAACGAAAGCCGACUCUCCAUCACUGACUCCCUCUCAGAGUUUUUUGAUGCGCAGGAAGUUCUGUUGUCUCCAAGCUCUUCGGAAAAUGAGAUUUCGGAAGAUGAUUCGUAUGUCAGUGACAUAAGUGACAACCUUUCCUUAGACAAUCUCAGUAAUGAUUUAGAUAAUGAGAGACAGACUUUGGGGCCCGUCCUCGAACGCGGGGGGGAGGCCAAGUCCCAAAGGAGGACCUGCUUGCCGGCGCCCUGCCCCAGCUCCAGUAGCGUCAGCUUGUGGAACAUCCUGCGAAAUAACAUCGGCAAGGACCUGUCCAAGGUGGCCAUGCCGGUGGAGCUCAACGAGCCUCUCAACACGCUGCAGAGGCUCUGCGAGGAGCUGGAGUACAGCGAGCUCCUGGACCAGGCCGCCCAGAUGCCCAGCGCCCUGGAGAGGAUGGUCUACGUGGCCGCCUUCGCCGUGUCAGCCUACGCGUCCAGCUACUUCCGAGCCGGGAGCAAGCCCUUUAAUCCGGUUCUUGGAGAAACGUAUGAGUGUAUUCGCGAGGACAAGGGCUUCCAGUUCUUUUCAGAGCAGGUCAGCCAUCAUCCGCCUAUUUCUGCUUGUCACGCUGAGUCUAGAAAUUUCGUUUUCUGGCAAGACGUGAGAUGGAAAAACAAAUUCUGGGGCAAAUCCAUGGAAAUUGUUCCCAUUGGCACAACCCAUGUGACUCUGCCAGCUUUUGGAGAUCAUUUCGAGUGGAACAAAGUGACCUCCUGCAUCCAUAACAUCUUAAGCGGGCAGAGGUGGAUCGAGCACUACGGAGAGAUUGUCAUCCAGAACCUGAAUGACGACUCCUGCCACUGCAAAGUGAACUUUAUAAAGGCAAAAUAUUGGAGCACUAAUGCCCACGAGAUCGAAGGUACAGUGUUUGACAAGAGUGGAAAAGCAGUGCAUCGGCUGUUUGGGAAAUGGCACGAGAGCAUCUACUGCGGUGGCUCCUCCUCAUCCGCUUGCAUCUGGAGAGCAAAUCCCAUGCCAAAAGGCUAUGAGCAAUAUUAUGGCUUCACACAGUUUGCACUAGAAUUAAAUGAAAUGGACCCAUUGUCAAAAUCUUUUCUACCACCUACGGACACUCGAUUCAGGCCAGACCAAAGGUUUCUAGAAGAAGGAAACUUAGAAGAAGCUGAAAUACAAAAGCAGAGGAUUGAACAGCUGCAGAGAGAAAGGCGGCGGGUCUUGGAAGAAAAUAAGGUGGAACACCAGCCGCGGUUUUUCAGGAAAUCCAGCGAUGACUCCUGGGUGAGCAACGGUACCUAUUUGGAACUCAGGAAAGAUCUUGGUUUUUCCAAACUGGACCAUCCUGUCUUGUGGUGAAAGAGGAAAGAAUGACACGUCUUUGUAUUUCUCCCGAGUUUGCUUUCUGAAGCCACAAACCUGCGUCUAUAUAUUUACACGAUGUUAUCUAGAAUGGUCACGCGUGCUUCUUAGCGUAGCAUUGCCACGUAUUUAAGCAUAUAUUUUCCUCAGUAGGUUUCUUUACAGUUUCGAAUGUUACCGCAGCUGUUUAUAUGAUGUAGAACAUUGAUAUUUCUUUUUAUAUAUAAACUAUUUAAUCAACAUGAAAGAGUGAAUGUUAAUGUGUGGGUUAAAAGAAGAAGCUUUAACACUAAUUUUCCAAAGGUUAGGACAAUUCUAAUUAAGUCUACGCCUUAUAAAAUUAAGUUGGGGAAAAAAAUCCGUCUCUCCCAGGAGCGCUAAGAAUACCCAGGAUUACUCACCCGUGCGUUAAAACUACCCAGGUUUAAUUUGGUAGCUCAGAUAUCUCUUUGCCUCAGACAGCCUUUGAAUUGCUCACACAGAACAAUUCUGCUGGUGCUGGAGUCUGAAGGAUAUUUGCCAUUUGCAUUUUAGUGGUUGGGGGACCAGUGUACGAUUGUUGGGAUGUACGUUGUUAACGGAAGAUGGGUAAAGACACCUGCUUAAAGAAGCAGCAUUUAAAUUCCUCCCUCCCUAUAGUUUCAUUGCCUUACGUGCAGAAUUGUACCCUGUUAGAGAAAUCGUUGGUAAUCUGAGAAACUCCCCUUAACGAGAGGUUGUCAUGAAAUAGGCAGUAGGAAAUUUCUCCUUAGUAAGAGCUGAAUCCUUGACAAGAAGCUAUUCUCUGCUUCCCACCUGACACCUCGCCUCCCUGCUGUUUGACCGCAUCUCUGUCAAGUAUGGAAUGUUCUAGUUUGGUGUCAAAACGUACAGUCCAUUCCACACAGCAAAGUAGCUGAUUGUUUGAAAUAACAUGUUUUUCUGAACUACUGUUCUGGUAUUUUCUACCUCUUAAUAAACAGUGUAUUUUAGAUCUUGUAUAAAAGGUUGGACCAUCUGCCUUAUGGACACAUGCAGAGAAUUGAUGCUCUUCCUUUGUGCGGUGUUCUGAUAAAAUGAAGUGUCUUAUUCCCUUUUCCUACACUUUCUUCUUACUCAUAUCACUCUUUUGUGAGUUUUGCCACAGUCUUGAAUAAUACAGAUGGGAACUACUGAAAGGAGAAACAUUGCCUUUUUAGUGUGUUCCUUCCAAUUACAGUAAGAGAAUUUGUGCAGUCGUUGAAGUGUGUUAUCAAAGCAGGUCCAACUUCUGCCCAGAUUACAUUACAGCCAAAGUCUAAAGUUUAAGCCUUUUGCUCUAAAAUCUAUAAUCGUCCUAUGGAGUGUCAAGUAAAAUGAUGUGGUAAAAAAAAAAAAAUGUCCCCAGAAACAGUUGGAGAUAUCGAAAGAAUUUCAGAGCCUGCUGAAUGCUAGGAGUAAAAAGUAGGAUAAGUAACAGAAAAAAGAAGGCACAGUUUUUCAGUGUCACGCCAAAUAACCUGUUGGCGGGUAUGGCCACAAUGGAGAGUUAUUUAAAGUGGAUCCAUCGCCUUUUGGGAUCUGCAGGUGACUCAAAUUUUAAAGCAGUGCACACCUCCUGAAAUCCUGCCUUCAUCCAUUCCAUUUUAUCAAGACCUCAAGACGAGCACAACGUGAAUAUAAUUUCCGUCUCUAAGCAGUUAACUGACAAGCAAAUUCUCGGGUCUGCGCUGUGUUCUUGGCUUUUCAAAUUCUGCUCACACACAGGAAGCAGCAGCCUCUAGAUGUGAAGGGUACUCCGCGGGAAAAUAAAUCCAGAUUGCACAGUGUGAAGGCAAAUGUAGAACCUGAGUGGUAUUGACUGUUAAAUAGGCCUGCUCCAGAGACGGGCUCCAAACAACAACGAAAACGAAACACGCAGCCUAAAUGGAUGUAGCUUUGCCAUGGAGUGUCUGGAAAUUCUUUAAUUGCCCCGAUGCUGUUAUUUUAAUUGCUCGUAUGUUCUGUACUCACAAGGACAAAUGGACCAAAUACCACCUUUGUAGUCAUCUUAUUUGGGAUGGGAGUGGGGAUGGAUUUGAAUAUGGUGCAGAGCUGUAUGCAAAUUGUCAAAUCUAUUAGUACCAGCAUCUAUAAAGGGCUUUCCUGGAAUGUAAGCAGCUGGGUGGUGGACCCCAUUACCAUCCUAAAAUUCCCUUGAAGGGGAAACGGCUUCUUUUUUCCUUCAGUCUCUGUUCUCAAAAGCACCCCCUCGCCCAGCUGGGAUCUCAGGACAUUUGAUAUUUCUAAGGUGAAGAAAGCAGAAACAUGGCAUUGUUUUGGAAGAAUUGAGGUAGAGUUGAAUUCUCUGGAUUUUGAAUCUCCGGAUGCCAUAAAGCCCAUCACUGACCCAGUUGAGGUACAGGCUGGAACCUCCAUCUUAUUCCCAGCAUCCCAUCCCACUGUGGUGACCUGCACAGACACCCUUGGAAAUGGGACCUGUGCCGUCCCCUAUAUUACACUUCAGAUGUUCCUGUUGCCCGUGCUGGUUCUCCAGGCUGCGGGAGACCCGUCAGGAAGGAGCCACCGUCACCAGAGUAGCCGGGCAGCAGAUGGCUCCCGGCCCGGGUCCCAAAGCCGAGGCUGGUAUAUCCUGGAGUCCAAUGUAACAACAACGUCCCAGUGCAGCUUCUCCAGGCCAUUCACCUCCCAGAAGCCAGGCUGGUUCUGGUACUAAUUACACAGAUGAAGUUCACUUUAGGACAAGCCAUUAUCAAAUCCCCAUGGAAUGCCCAGAAAGCCCCUCACAGCCUCAUGUGCUUCCUAUGGGACUCUCUGGGAGAGAAAAAUAUACAAACCAACUUUUCAAAAAAAAGUUUAUUUCAUUUGGGCUGCUGCUUCUCUCCUCUUCUCCUUUUCAUGACUCCCAGUAAGUCACUGGCUUGGGCUUUGAGCACUGUCCUUCAUCUGUAUUUUCUAGCUUUCUGAUGUGUGGUCUUGUCCUACUGUUAACAGUGUCAGUUAUAAAAGAACAAUGAGAAAAGAUGGAGUUUUCAUUUGGCUGUCAAACCUUGCUGUAGAUCUAUCCCCCAUUCUGUAAGUUAUUUAUGCCUUCCAGCAGUCAUAGGAUUUCCUCAGACCUUUUAGUGUUGAGUAGGAGCAAUAAGGAGUUGUUCUUAGGAUCUUAGGAAGAACAGUUCUGAUGUAUUGGCAUAAUUUAUUUGAAUGUCUUUGAUUUUGAUAUUAACAUGGGCAUAAAUCUAUUUUUGCUACCAGAUGAUAGCUAUUUUCAUGUGCUCAAUUUUCCCUGCAUUGUAUUAAUCUGUUACUUUAGCAUUUGUCUUUAUUUUUCCGUGUUGGAAAUACACAGCACAUAAGCAUCUGCAAAUCGCAGCCAUCUGAAAUGCAGGCCAUGUUCAGAGACUUUGGUUUUGAGGAAUGCAAUGAUCAGAGUUUAUUUUAUUCAUGAUGAUUUUAUCUUCCUCUCGCCCUCAGAGGAUAUUUUUUUAAUGGAUAUUUGUAACUCUUUCACCUAACCAUUUAUAAGAUUAUUUUCUGUUCAAAUCCCAGCCUUCCACCCAACCCUCUAUGCCUCCCCCAAAAGCUUGUUUGUCCCCCUCAUGUAGCUAGUUGACUGUGAAUAAAUGACAUGGAAAAAGGCUA